CAAUCAUUACACACCCAUCAACAACAACACCAUUCCACUUCUUCUCCUUCUUUUUCUUCUUCUUGUUCAUAUCCUUGAUAAGCAAACUAAGAACCAACAAAAAGAUGAGCAUGUUGUGCAAACUAGUAGUGUUGGUAAUGGUGAUAGCAAUGCUUGUUGAUGUCUCACAAGGACAAGCCUUGGUCCCUGCAGUCAUCAUCUUUGGUGACUCAGUCAUGGAUGUGGGAAAUAACAACCACCUUCUUACCCUUGUCAAGGCCAACUUCCCACCCUACGGCAGGGACUAUACCCAUCACAAUCCCACCGGAAGGUUUUGCAAUGGAAAGUUAGCCUCUGAUUUCACUGUGGAGAAUCUUGGGUUUGACUCUUAUCCACCAGCUUACCUUAGUAAAGAGGCAAUUGGAUCUCAUCUUCUUAAUGGGACUAACUUCGCCUCUGCUGCUUCUGGUUAUCUUGACAGCACCUCCAAACUUUAUAGUGCGAUAUCACUAAGCCAACAGUUGAAAUACUACAAAGAAUACCAAGAGAAGGUGACGAAGAUGGUCGGAAAGAAGAACGCGUCGGACAUCUUCACCGGCGCGCUGUACCUGCUCAGCGAAGGCAGCAGUGACUACAUUCAGAACUACUACAUCAACCCUCUUCUUUACAAGCUCUUCACACCUGAUCAAUUUGCUGAUUUGCUUCUCCAUUCCUUCACGUCCUUCAUUCAGGACCUGUACAAACUCGGUGCAAGGAGAAUCGGUGUAACAUCAUUGCCCCCACUUGGCUGCCUUCCGGCCGCUGUCACCCUGUUUGGCGAAGGGGCCAAUCAGUGCGUAAAAAGGCUCAACAACGACGCAAUAUUGUUUAACAAGAAGAUUAACAAUACUGCAAAAUCAUUGACCAAAAAACACUCUGAUCUUAAGCUUGUGAUUUUUGACAUCUACAGCCCCCUUUUGGACUUAAUCAAGCACCCUGAACAGAAUGGUUUCUUUGAGGCGAGGAAAGCAUGCUGUGGAACAGGGACGAUCGAGACGUCGCUGCUGUGCAAUGAGCAUGCACUGGGAACAUGCGCAAACGCCACCAGCUAUGUGUUCUGGGAUAGUGUCCACCCCACUGAGGCCACCAACAAGUUCUUAUCCGACAACCUCCUGUCUCAGGGCAUUGAUCUCAUUUCCUAAUGCCUGUCUAAUGGCACAACCUUAUCUUUGUCUGG